AUGUGUGUAGUAGUUGCAGGAAUACUCGGUGGAAUUUAUGGCUGGGUUGGAGGCGUAAACAUCGGCGGAACGUGGACGUGGCUUGACGGCAAAGAAUGGAAUUACACAAAUUGGGCUGAGGGAGAACCAAGUGAUGGUGGUCAGGAUUGUGUGCAGAUAUAUGCCGAUGGUUAUUGGGACAACUAUAAUUGCGAAAAAACGAAUCAUGCAUUUGUGUGCAAAAGGUCAAUCUGA